AUGCUUGGUCAAGUUACUUUUGGUUGGAUAGAUAAGCGUUGUAAACAAGCAACUGGUCAUAAUCAGAAAGUAUUUGGUGGGAAGUCAUUGAUUUUAACUGGUGAUCCAGGUCAAUUGCCACCAGUGGCAGAUAAGCCUCUCUAUCAUGCUAACCCAUCAAAUGCUGUUGGUGAGCAAGGUUAUCAAGCGUAUCAUAUGUUUGACAAAGUUGUUAAGCUUACUGUAAAUCAACGUGUGCAGGGUAUGACACAUGAACAAAUACAGUUCAGAGAUCUGUUGUUGCGACUUCGCAAAGGUGAGUCAACAGUUGAUGACUGGAAAUUACUUCUCACACGUCAACCAUCCAAUGUCAUUAAUUUAGGCGUCUUUCAAGAUGCUACUAGACUUUUCUAUAGUAAUGAACAAGUUGCAAAUUACAAUAAUGAACAGCUAACAAAACUUGAACAUCCAACUGCUCAUAUCAAUGCUCGCCAUUCCUCUGCACUGGCCAAAAAGAUGUCGCCAGAUGAUAUGUCUGGUUUGGAACCUGUUGUAUUUCUAGCAAAACGUGCCAGGGUCAUGUUGACCAUGAAUUUAUGGUCAAGUGUUGGCCUCUGUAAUGGAGCUACUGGAACAGUUGUUGAUAUUGUCUAUCAGAACAACCAUCAACCACCUGACUUGCCUAUUGCUGUCAUUGUUGACUUUGAGAACUAUAGAGGUCCUGCUUUUAAUGUGAACAAACCUUCUUGUGUUCCGAUAUGUCCAAUCAGUCUCGUCACAGUCAGAAUCUGGGUUUCAUGA